AUGGCCCAGGGCACAGUAAAACCAAAGGCUUUUGCCUCCAAGCCCGUCAAGCCCAACCCGGCCAAGACCAAGAAGGGCGCGCGCGUCGCAAAGCCCAAAAAGGCGACGAGCGCGGCCAAGAUCCAGAAAAAGUACAGCGCCGGCCUCGUGCACAAGACGGAGAAGCUGCUGGGCGAGCGCGCUGGACACCUCGAGAUGAUUGGCAAGGGCCGAGACCGGUCGGGGGCCAAGAAGGAGACUGAGCAAAAGGGCGGUAGCAAGAAGUUUGGUUGA